AUUUUCCUCUGGGCUGUCCUAGGAGAAUUCCACCCUCUUCCAUUCUGGGGAGAAGUUAAAAUUAGGGCCAACCCUGCGGGGCUGACAUGCCAGAUGCGGGAGGCUGUCCCCAGAAAUAAGCUGGUUCCCACCGCGGAUGGGCGGGGCGGGCGCCUUGGUCCUAACUCCGCAGAGAGGCUCCUGGAAGGCCGGCCCCUUCCCAGAGUCUGCAAGGGGUCUGGUCCCAGGCUUUAAAAUCCAGAGCGAAGGCGCUGCGUGCCGGCUUCUCCUCUCCAGCCAGUCGUGGCCAGCCUUUCAAAAGUGUGUAGUUGUCUCCUCCCUGCCCGGCCCCAGUGGUCGCCCGGGACCAGUUGGCUACUGAGGGGCGGCGGCAGCUCAGCGCCGUGCUCUGCGUUCGGACACCUCUGUUCCGGAGCCGCUCUGCCAAGUUAGGCAGCUGCACUCGCACGCCUUGCUUCCCUCCCCGAGUCCCCGGGUUCCCGUGUCCCCAGAGCUCUCGGCGACCCCGGCUCCCACGCAUCCUUUUACCAGGAGCAGCCCGUCCCCGCCGGCUGGCAGAUUGCACCCCUUCCCAGUCCUCCUCCCUGAAGAGCAACCAUGCUGUUAAGGGGCGUCCUCCUGGCAGUGCAAGCCCUGCAGCUCGCUGGUGCCCUGGACCUGCCCGCCGGGUCCUGUGCCUUCGAAGAGAACACUUGUGGCUUUGACUCUGUGUUUGCGUUUUUGCCGUGGAUUUUAAAUGAGGAAGGCCAUUAUGUUUAUGUGGACACCUCCUUUGCCAAGCAAGGGGAGAAAGCUGUUCUUCUGAGUUCUGAUCUACAGGCUGAGGAAUGGAGCUGUCUCCGCCUGGUCUACCAGAUAACAUCAUCGGGGUCUCCGUCAGAUCCCAGCCGGCUGAACCUCUACAUGAGAUUUGAAGACGAAAGCUUUGAUCGCUUGCUUUGGUCUGCUAAGGAACCUUCAGACAGCUGGCUCAUAGCCAGCUUGGAUUUGCAAAACAGUGCCAAGAAAUUCAAAAUUUUAAUAGAAGGUGUACUAGGACAGGGAAACACAGACAGCAUUGCGCUCUUUGAAAUCAAGAUGACAACCGGCUAUUGUAUCGAAUGUGACUUUGAAGAAAAUCAUCUCUGUGGCUUUGUGAACCGCUGGAACCCCAAUGUGAACUGGUUUGUAGGAGGAGGAAAUAUUCGGAACUCCCACUCUGUUCUCCCACAGGAUCACACCUUCAGGAGUGAGCUGGGCCACUACAUGUACGUGGACUCUGUGUACGUCAAGCACUUCCAGGAGGUGGCCCAGCUCAUUUCCCCAAGGACCACCGCCCCCAUGUCUGGUUGCCUGUCAUUUUAUUACCAGCUCCAGGAGGGGAAUGACCAUAUCUUCUCCCUUUAUACUCGGGAUAUGGCCGGCCUUUAUGAGGAGCUCUGGAGAGUGAACAACCCAGGGAAUACAGCCUGGAACCUCGCAGAGAUCGAGUUCAAUGCUCCUUACCCGAUGGAGGUUAUUUUUGAAGUUGCUUUCAAUGGUCCCAGAGGAGGGUAUGUUGCCCUGGAUGAUAUCGCUUUCUCGCCUGUUCACUGCCAAAAUCAGACAGAUCUUCCCUUCAGUGCUGUGGAAGCAAGCUGCAAUUUUGAGGACGACCUCUGCAACUUUUACCAAGAUAAAGAAGGUCCAGGCUGGACUCGAGUGAAAGUGAAACCAAACAUGUAUCGGCCUGGAGACCACACCACUGGCUCAGGGUAUUACUUGCUGGCCAACACAAAGUUCACAUCUCAGCCUGGAUAUAUUGGAAGGCUCUAUGGUCCUUCCCUACCAGGAAACCUGCAGUAUUGUCUGCGUUUCCAUUAUGCCAUCUAUGGGUUUUUAAAAAUGAGUGACACUCUAGCAGUUUAUAUCUUUGAAGAGAACCAUGUGGUUCAAGAGAAGAUCUGGUCUGUGUUGGAGUCUCCAAGGGGUGUUUGGCUGCAAGCUGAAAUCACCUUUAAGAAGCCCAUGCCUACCAAGGUGGUGUUCAUGAGUCUAUGCAAAAGUUUUUGGGACUGUGGGCUUGUAGCCUUGGAUGACAUUACAGUGCAGUUGGGAAGCUGCUGGUCUCCAGAGAGGCUUCCACCUACACCUGGAGAGUGUACUUUCGAACAAAAUGAAUGUGCCUUUACUCAGGAGAAGAGAAACCGGAGCAGCUGGCACAGGAGGCGGGGAGAAACUCCCACUUCCUACACAGGACCAAAGGGAGAUCACACUACUGGGGUAGGCUACUACAUGUACAUUGAGGCCUCCCACAUGGUGUAUGGACAAAAGGCUCGCCUCUCAUCAGGGGCUCUUAGAGGGGUCUCCGGAAAACACUGCUUGACCUUUUUCUACCACAUGUAUGGAGCGGGGACUGGUGUGCUGAAUGUUUACUUGAAAAAAGAGGAAGACAGUGAAGAGUCUCUCUUGUGGAGAAGAAAAGGUGAACAGAGCAUUUCCUGGCUACGAGCACUGAUUGAAUACAGCUGUGAGAGGCAACACCAGAUAAUUUUUGAAGCCAUUCGAGGAGUAUCAGUAAGAAGUGAUAUUGCCAUUGAUGAUGUUAAAUUUCAAGGGGGACCUUGUGCAGAAAUAGAAGAUAUAACUCAGCAAUCAUCAGGGUAUUCUGAAGACUUAAAUGAAAUUGAGUACUAAGGAAUGAUCUGAAUUGGAUUAACUAAACAAAAACCAUACCUCUCUUCAAUCAAAAUAAAACAAAACAAAUGGAUACUGGACUAUCUUAACCAUUUCAUAAGUUAUACACCAACUUCAGAGCACCCUUCUUCAUGACUUUUGCAGAAAAUACUGACUCAGGGCUUUUUUUUUUUUCUUUUUGCAUAUGACAACUGCUACUAGAAGUACAGGCUGGUAGUUUUGCAUAGAUCAUUCAUCUUUAUUUUGGUAGCAGUUAAAAAUACAAAUGUACUACACUGUAGUCAUUUUAACGUACGCAAAGAAAAGGCACAAUCAAAAUGAGAUGUGCUCCUUUAAAUCUGCAUUCAGUGAAUGUGUUGGGAGGAGAAUAGGUCUUGUGGGUUUCCUUUUGAAUUUCAAGUUAUCAUAAAUAUUUUUAAAGUAAAUAACAAGGGGUAUCAGUAAUAUCUGCAGAAUGAAUGCAGUUUAUCAUGGUAAUCAGUUAGGCUGGGAAACUAAGUCUUUUUAUGUUUUAUUCAUAGAAAUAGAAUAUUAAUCUUUAAUAUUUUCACCAUAUGUGACAACAAAGGCUCUUUCAUGAAUGUCCCAGGGUACGUCAGUAUUAAUUAAUGCUGUAUUACAAGGCAGUCCUACCUUCUUUUUUCUUCCUUGGAACUACCUUUGAAAGUUACUUUGUGCACAUGGAUAGAAAUUGCACUCUUUUUUGUAAAGCAAGCUUGAAAAGGCUUAUGUACACAUACUUAGCAAUUUUUAUGAAUUUGAUAAAUAAUUUUACUGAUUUUUAUAAUGUUUUAAGGUUUUAGGUAAAGAAUUCAAACAGAUAUACUAAACUGCUUUGUAUUUCCUUGUUAGAAAAUUGUAUAUAUAUAUUUGUGUGCUCAAACAGCUAUUAUGAAAUUAUAAAAUUACUUAAUAAAAGAUCAUUUGAAAAUCUU